AUGGCAGGCACGAAUCUUCAGUUCAAAACAAAGUAAGUUUUUGACGUAUGGCGUGUUCGGCGUGUGGACGUUGUUGUCUAGUUAGCAUGAUCUUGGCUAAUGUGACAUGUAAAGUUGAGACGUGUUACACUGAUUUUUGUGUUAUUUUAUCACAGUUAUGUUGUGUCCAGCAAGAUUGAGCCGUUUUACAAAGGAGGGAAAGUGCAGGUGAGUUUUCAGCUCCAUGUUUUUUAUGAAAAGUGUCACUAAAGCUCAAAUUUUUGUAAUCAAUCAGAAAAAACUGUAUUUUCAUAACAUUCAUUCUACACUUUAUUCAUACAGUUGCUCUUAUUUUCUAUUGUUUGUUGAAAAAUAAACCAAUACGUUAAUAAAAUGAAGACAGAAAGGUGAAAAGACAAAAAGGAAAAACAGAACUUAUUUUAGGGAUGACAAGAAAACUUGAUCCAUCGGAGAGAAGAGCUGAACUCAAUUUCAUUCAUGGUACUCCAUAUGUAAAUAAAUACACCUUUAAUUGUUUGUUACAGUACUUUCUGUUAAUGUCUGAAGUUAAAAAUACCUGUUUAAUACCUGUUUCAGCUCUUCUACCGUGCUUGUUGAGGAAUAAACUGUGGAGUCACCCGCAUACAUUACUAUUUUGGCAGAGUUCGAGAUCAACAGCAAAUCAUUUGUAAAAAUUGAAAAUAAAAGUGGUCCCAGGCAGCUUCCUUGCGGCACCCCACACCCCACAUCUCUGCCAUUGAAGUGAACUGAAUAUUUCCUGUUUGUCAGAUAACUUUUAAUCCAUCUGUUUGCAAAGUCUUCAAAUGUAUAAUAUCUCAGCUUACUCGAUAAAAAGGAAUGAUCCAGUAUGUCGAAUCCUGCGCUAAGGUCUCAUAAUAUAGCACCUAUCAAGUUUUGCAUCUCUAUAUCUCUCGACCAGUCAUCUAUCAUCUGUCUCUCUGUUCUGUUUUUUGCUUGCACAGCUUUAGCAUUUUUUAUUACUAUGUUAGAUGUGAAAAUAACAGAUAUCGUAUCACAUUUCAGCACAUGAUGUUGUAAAUUAAAGUAUUACUAAUUAUAACAACCUGACGAUACAAAUGUACAACCGACCCAUGAGGGACAUAAACGUCUGUUUGAUGAAACUUUCUGUUUGUUCUUCAGAUCAGCAAAGAUGAAAAGUUCAUCUUUUGCACUUGUGGGUCUCGGGUCAAUGUUUUGGAGACCAGCACAGGAAAGAUUGUCCACUGCGUUGAGCAUGUAAGUAAAAAAAAUACCCAAACUGUUUUCCUACAUAGGCUUGUGCCAUUCAAGGACAAUGUUUAUGACAGCAUAGUCACUCAUAGCAUGGCUUACUUCAACAUUUUAACCUUUAUUAAAAUACUAUAUGCAGCACUUUGGAUCUUAUUACUUUCAGCACUAGAAAGGAACUGAAUUUUAAGACGUUUUUAUGUGAACCUUGACUCUUGACACCAUUUUUACACAUUUGAUCACUCAGUGGUUGUUUUCAUCAUGUUUGUUUGUGCUGUUUUUGCAGGAUGAUCAAGAGGACAUCACAUCUUUUGCCCUCAGCUGUGACGAUGAGGUAAAGCAAACACACUUUCACUACUUACUUUUAUAAACUUCAUUAAGUUGCCUGUAAAACUGUUUCUAAAUCAUCUUUGUGUCUCUACUCUGUGUCCCUCUACAGAUGCUCGUAACAGCCAGCAGAGCUCUCCUCCUGAAGCAGUGGGACUGGAAACAAGCUCAGUGUACUCGCUCCUGGAAAGCCAUUCACACUGUUCCCGUGGCCAGUAUGACCUUUGACUCCACCUCCACGCUCCUGGCCACAGGUCAGCACUCACAAACUUAUUGACAUCAAGCUGUGUUGAUUGAGCCUGUAUAUUUCCGUCUGAUUUUUAGUUGACUGGGUUUUCUGUCCUCUGGUUGUCCUGCAGGUGGCUGUGAUGGCACCAUAAAGAUCUGGGAUGUGGUGAAGCAGUACUGCACCCACAACCUGAAAGGGUCGUCUGGGGUUGUGCAGUGAGUGUGGAUAUUGUCUCGCUUUGAGUAAAAUAGUGAUGUGGUUUUUUUUUAAGGAAAAAUUAGGAAAAAUGUCAGGUGUUAUUGAAAGAAUUCGGCUUUCUGAAUAAAUAAUCUGAAAACCCUUCUUAUGUCUUCGCAGCUUGGUCCAGUUCCACCCUGACAUCAGCCGACUGCAGCUCUUCUCCUCCUCUCUGGACUGCGGUAUCCGGCUGUGGGACCUGCAAACCAGUCAGUGUGCAUGUGUGCUGGAGAGUCACUACAGCGCUGUCACCGCCUUCAGCUUCAGCUGCGAUGGAGACACCAUGAUCAGGUACGAGGAUUGUAAUUUAAGCUUUAAGCGCUCUAAAAUGUUUGAAACUUUGGUGUCUUGAUGUUUUCUUUCUCUCCGGCAGCUCCGGCAGAGAUAAAAUCUGCACAGUGUGGGACCUGAAGACCAAGAAAGCCAAAAGAACCGUACCAGUCUAUGAGGUAAGACUGUGAAAAACUGAAUGAUAUGAGGAGAUCUAAACUCUAGAGUACUGCUGGGUCAUGUCUGUGUGUGUUGUCUUGGUCUCCAGGCUGUGGAAGGUGUUGUGCUUCUGUCCAAGAAUGACGACUUCUCUCAGAUUGGAGUCAAAAACAAAGACUUGCAUUUCAUCACAGCAGGAAGCAAAGGUGUGCCUCUUGCUUGGUCUUCAUGGUUUAAUCUGAAUCGUUCUGUUUUCAUUAACUCACCCCUCUCCUCUUCACGUCCAGGUGUCUUAAGAGUUUGGGAGGCCAGCACGGCGCGUUGCGUCUACACUCAGACCCUCCCCGUUCCAGCAGAGGAGGAGGAAGAAGAGAAAGACGAUGAUCCCCGCAGUCUGACGUACCUCCUCCACCUGCCCGACUCCUCACGACUGGCCACAGUCACUGCAGAGCACAACAUCGUGCUGUAUCAGCUGCCUGAGCUCAGCACACAGCAGCAGGUACAGAACAAGACUUCAGUCAGAGUUGAUUUUUGGAUCUUAGUUUAUGAGACAGGUUUCAUGUCUUCUACUUUUGCUGCCAAAUUACAGCCUAACAAUUUAAAAACAGACUUCUAAAAGUCGUCACUAGGGGGCAGUGUUUACGUAUCAGUAGUUGACUUGGUCUAAACUAAAAACUUGAGGUACUUAAAGGGAUAUUCCGGCAUACAAUUAAUUUAGGGUCAAACACAACAUAACACUGAGUUAGACACCUACUCCAGAGAUGAAUGUUGCCGACUUUAGUAACGACCGCAGAAUAUCCCUUUAACACUCAAUAACAAUCUUGUUAAAAUGCAGCAACAAUAAAAACUGUAAUAGUUAAAAGCUUCAUUCUUAAUGCUACAGAGCGGUGAGACUUGUGCAGCUUGUGGCGUAAAAGUAAAAUUGAAGGUGACUUUCUCUUCUUUUGUCUGCUCGCUCUCAGUUCGUGGGCUACAGCGACGAGGUGCUGGACGUGAAGUUUCUGGGUAAAGACGACAGCCACAUCGUGGUGGCCACCAACAGCUGCCAGCUGAAGGUGUUUGAGCUGCUCACCAACAGCUGCCAGAUCCUGUACGGACACACAGGUGGGUCACCAGCAGGGGGCAGCAGCGGUGCAUGUGAACCUGCAAGUGAAACGACCUGCAGAGUCUGUUUAUGUUGGCAGAGAGCAGAAAGUUUCCACAGCUGGGGUUGUCCGAUGUCUGUCAUGUUUAGGUUUUAAAUCUUGUGUCAAACCCUGUAACGAAAACAAAUAUCGUUCUUCUUUACUGUGGUUUCUAACGGCUGCAGCAGAUUUGUGACGACCUGAAUCACUAAGUUUUAAGUUUAUAGAGCUAACGCUAGAAAAGUCGAUGAUUUUCUCAUCUUUAUUCUGAAAGAUAAAACUGUUUUUAGCUGAUUUUAAUCGAUACAAAUGUAGAAUCAAUACCUUAUACUUAGUUUACAGUAAGAUUGCAGUUUUCUUUGCCCAGGGUACAAAUCAUCUUAACAUUAAAUCUUAAAGAGCUUGAAAAGAUUACCUCGAUGACACAUGAAAUGAAGCGUGUCGUUAGUGGAAACAGGAUCUAAAGAAUCCAGAUCGGUGUGACCUGCUGAUCUGGUUUGAUGGAUGUUUAUCUGCCCCAGCACUCACAUCUAUGUUUAUCUGUUCUAGAUACGGUCCUCUCACUGGACGUCUUCAAAAAGAGUUUGCUGUUUGCCAGCUGUGCGAAGGUGCGUCUCGUCUUUUUAACGUCCAUCAACGACUCUCACACUGAGCUGUUGUUAAAAAGCUGCACAUGCAUGUCGUCCACACUCACAAUAAGCUCUUCAGGAAACACGUUCACCACAUCAGAGCUGAGAAAGUUUUCACAUGUUGUGUUUCUGCGUUCAGGACAGGUCAGUGCGAGUGUGGCGGAUGGACAGCGACAGCGGUCAGGUGACUUGCGUGGCCCAGGGCUCCAGCCACACUAAUGCUGUCGGCUCCAUCACCUGCUCCAGGUAACUUUCCUGCUUCUCAUCAGAGAAUCUAAAGAAUCUAAAGACUCAGUGAACUCAAAGAUGGUGUUUCUCUCCAGGAUGAAAGCGUCCUUCGUAGUGUCCGGCAGUCAGGACUGUACGGUGAAGGUGUGGGAUCUCCCUGCAGACCUGUCAACAGCAGGAGCUGAAGUGCAUCAGCUGACCGUCCGCGCCACCGAGAAGGCGCACGAUAAGGUAACAGCACAAGGAUGCACUCAUGAAAGUGAAUGAAGGUUUCAAUCAGGUUCAAAACAUUUGAAGCUUGAUGAUCCAAAAUCUGGUCAUGAGAAAUGUGGUCCAUCACGGAAGAGCUUCAAACUGCAGUUCCUCAAAUGUCCACUUGGUGGUUACUCCACAUGUGCACUCAUUCAUUGAUACAGCUGUUUAACGCCCAUCUGGAGCAGGUUGAUUUUAGAGUUUAAAAGCUUUUAACAAACUUUUCAGGCUAAACUGCUCAUGAGGCUGUUUCCUCUUUUACAGAUAUUUACUGAACUCCCUGAGGAAAAAAUCAAAAACUAUCAAAUAAACAUAUUAUCACUUUUUAUGAUGGCAUACCAGUUUGAUAAAAACCUCCAAAUUUAGGUUGACCCCUAAUUUCUGCAGAAGUAGUCGACAUUGUAGAUGUUUGGGUUUGGGUUAGGGGCUCUUAUUCUAGUAACUUUUCACUUUAAGAUGAACAAAUCUUUUAUUUUGAAGGACAUUUAAAAAAAAGACAUAUCUGCAUGCAAAACCUAUUUGUUGGUGCCUUUUUUGUUUUCUUUUUUAUCGAUUUCACAUAUCAAUAGUCCAUCAACAUUUUACAUAUAUUCCACAAAUUUCUAACAGUAUAUAAUGUUUCUCCACAGCAGAGCAGAGACAUAGUUAGACAAAAACUUCUUAAGUAAAGUUACAGUAGAAUAACUGUGAAGUAAAAUGAAACACUUUUCACUCAUGUCCUUAUUUCCAAACCUCUCUGUCAUUGUCUCUUUCUCCUGUUGGAGGGUAAACAUAAUAAUAAACAAAUGAACAAUGAACAACUUUGUAGCCUGAACCAAAGGGGAUCAAUAAUCUAUAAUACAUAAUGCCUUUACUGCGCAAAGUCUGCUCUCAAUUGAGACACAAAAUCAACCCAGUUUUUCCAGUAGUUUUUGAAAGUAUCUGUUUCUAGUCUAGAUGAGAAAGUCAGCUUCUUCAUUCUAUAUAUAUAUCGAUCAUUACCUCGACACAAUCCUCUAUUUUUGGUGCAUCUGUUUUUACCAACAUGUAUUUUUCUCCUGACCUUGUUAUCUCCCGGUUCUCUUUUCCCAAAUAUAAAACUUCAAAUGUAAGUGGAAGUUGCACUUUCAAAAAUUUUCCAUACUCUUCUUUACCUCCCACCAAUAAGGUAUAAUACCAGAGCGUCCCCCCAAAAAUAUAAAAAUGAAAUGAAAAUGAUUGGCUUCAUUCUCCCCACUGCUUAGUUCCUUUUAACUGCAUUCAAACCUCUGGAAAAAGGUAGUUCCUCAUGUUCCUCUUACAGCAUCUGCAUUUGAAUGGAGGACGCUUUGGUUGACCCAGAUGUCUCUCAAAGUUUUUCCAUGAUCAAAACAAAGACUUAUCCACAUCUCUGAGUGGCUGUGAAUGAAAUCAGAAACUUUAAUAAGAUAAGAUAAGAAGGGAAAUUCAGUAAACUAAUUAACCAAUAAAUCACUUAUUAAUAAAACAGUUUAUUCCUGAGAAGUCAAACUGCAGUGCAGUGGAAAGGGUGUCAGGUUAGGAAAACAUUUGAGUGCUGUCAAAAUGUUGUGGCAGUUCUGACAAGCUGUUAACCUACAAACUCAUAAGACGCCACGCUCAACCUCUUAGUCACUCUGUCAACAAACGAGACCGCGUCCUUCCGGCUGUUUCCAUCACUGCUGCUUUUAUGCUGCAUGAAUGCAAAAAACACCCAUUUGGAUCAAUUCAGUUUUAAAGGCAAUAAAGUUAUUUUAGUUUUUCUUCAUCUAUGUUUGAUAUUAAUGGAAAAAAUAACGUACAAUUACACUCAGACCAUCGAUCGCUGCAUCUGGAGGAAGAGGAAAAUCUGAGACAUUUUGGGUUGUCAGAGUUCCUGGUGUAACUUCAUCUGUUUUUUCUGUCAUUUGAAGAGGGAGUGGUGACAUUUAACUCCACUAUUUUCUCGUCAUUUUAACUUUGAAUUCUCUCAGAAGGAAGAAGCAGUACUGCUCCAGUUACAUCUUCUUUUGCAAACUCACGUACAACUCUGCUCAUUUCUGUUUCCGGGGACUAACGGAGGAAAGUCUUUGUUGAAAGUUGCACAUUUUUCAAAGCUGGUCUAAUCCAGUCAAGGCAGAUUUUUGGACUAAUGAGAGGGGAAAGACGCAGGAAUGAUGAGAGAGUUCAAAAGUUGCAGAGUUCACUGUUCAUUCCUCAGACACUAACUUCAGACUCUCCACUAGACAAAUAGAGGCGUGUAAAAGUGUUAUGAGACCAGUUUCGGAGAGCUCCUCACUUUGUUUAAAAGCUUUUAGUAAGACAAGGUCAUGAAAAGCUUUGAAAGCUGAGAAGUUGAGGAUCAGAGCAGCACAUACCGACAAAGUUACAAACAUUAUGUAAUUUAAAAAAAUACACCAACAUAUCCUGGAUCAGGUUACAGAGAGUCAUCAGCCAAAGCAUCUGCAGCCUGAUGUGUCAUCCUCCAACUCCAACAUUAAGAGAUCAGCUCUGUCAGACGCAGACGGUUCCUGAGACGGAGAGGCGACCUAAAAAGCUUGAACACACAUGCAUAUUGUGCGGUCACCCCUUUAAAAUGCUCGGUUACAGUGGGUCAGUCGGUCAAGUAUGUUUGCCAACCUUGUGCACAUAUUUCUUUUUAUUAUUAAGAUAAACUCGUUUGCAGUCUGCACUCGCUCUCCACCCUUGAGUCAAAUUUCAAAACUCUUAAGUCUCAUAAAUUACUUUUUAUUGUGACUCAUUUGCAAGUGUCCCUACUGUGGGAUGAAUAAAGGUUUAUCUUAUCUUAUCUUGUUCCUUGAGGUCACAGACACGAUCUCUGUCUAGCAAUCUCUUCAAAAACCUCUUCUCAUCAGGAAGCUCUGAAAAAACCUGCUGUCGUCUUUUUUUUAACCCAGGAAGCUGAUGAGCUUUAUGAACAGCUCGGUUAGACAUGCGGUGAUUUCCUGCUUCGCCGUCACGCUCCUGAGCAGAGAUGUGAGAUUUAACAAUCGUUGGUCUGUCCUCCGGCGGGGCCUGUUACGUCACUUGGCUGAAUGUCUUUGUCUCAUAUCAGAUUUUAACACAAUGUAACGCGUCAAUCACAGCGAGCUGAUGAUGAAACUGGAGGCUGUGUCGAGAGAGAAAUUCAGAGAAUGUUUCAGGAAAAAGACGACAUCUUUUUUCCACCGUGUUUCAUCAUAUUUAACUUCCAUUAUUCAUUAAAUUGAUAUAAACUGCAUUAAAAUUCAAACAUGCGUCUCAUUUCCUUCUGCAGGAUGUUAACAGCGUGGCGGUGUCGCCCAACGAUAAGCUGCUGGCCUCGGGCUCGCAGGACCGCACAGCCAAGCUCUGGUCUUUAGCUGGGGAGGGAAACCUCGGUCUGCUCGGGGUGUUCAGGGGUCACCGUCGAGGCGUCUGGGCCGUCUGCUUCUCCCCUGUGGACCAGGUCCUGGCAACGUCUUCUGCUGACGGCGCCACCAAACUCUGGAGCCUGCAGGACUUCAGCUGCCUGAAGGUGGGCCAUGAAAUAAACCUGGACUUUCCCUCAUUUCGAUCUUUGACCCUUAGCAGAAUCAAAAAUCUCCCUUUAUAUUUGAUUAGUUACUUUCAAGAUUGCUCUUCUGCAUCUUGACAGCUUGAGUUAAUCGUGAAAAUUGCAAAAUAAGUAGAAACUUGUCAAAAACGUCUACUCUUUACUUUUCAGACGUUCGAGGGUCAUGAUGCAUCUGUUCUGAAGGUGAUCUUUGUCAGCCGAGGCACUCAGCUGCUCACCAGGUAACCUCACCACCCUGUCAGUGACACUUUCACAUGUUAUCAUCCUCAGAUUUUUACUCUAUUACCAUAACUCCAGUUACAGGAUAAGUUUGAGGAAACCGUGCAGAAGGAUUACUGUCAAAACAUCUUCACAUUAUUGUGAGAAAUGGAAAAUUCAGCCCCAAAACCGUCAUGCACACGUCUCGUUAUCUCAGAUGUCUGAUAGUCGUGAUCCUUAUCGUUGAUUAUAAGUAAGAAGUUUCACGCUUGCUCGCUAAUGAGACUGAGGAAUGUGGAAGGGAAACAUUAACACGCAAACUGCAGCUGUGUCUCACUGAUCUGCAGGAUAUAAUUAUAGGGCGACCAUGCGUCCUCUUUUACCCGGACAUGUCCUCUUUUUAGGGGACUGUCCAGGUUUGUCUGGGGAAGUUCAUAAAAUCCAUCAAAUGUCUGCGGUUUUGUAUGUAAGUUUCAAUUUUGUGUCACGUGGACUUACUGAAUUAGAAGCACAUAAAAGACACUCGAUCCGACCCGAAAAACUCUCAAAAUUAACUUCAUGCGACUCCGUGACUCUGUGUAGUUGUGUCCUCUUUUUGGGAAGUCAGAAUAUGGUCACCCUAUAUAAUUAUCUUCACAUGAUCAGUUCAAAACAAAAAUUAAAACGUGUUUUUAAAGUUUUUUUUUGCUGUCAGUGAUAUCAGCUGUUUGAGUCAAAGUCUGCUCUCUCCUCAGUGGCUCUGACGGUUUGGUGAAGUUAUGGACCAUCAAGACCAACGAGUGUGUGAAGACGCUGGACGCCCACCAGGACAAAGUGUGGGGUCUGCACGGCAGCCGCAAAGACGACAAGAUGGUGACCGGCUCUGCAGACUCCAACAUCACCGUGUGGCUGGUGAGACUGAUGCAUUUGUUAUUAGUGGAAAAAAGUCCACAUUUCAUUUUAUUCUCAUCAACGAUUGUUACCAUGCAUGCCUAGAAAAACCUGCAGAAACCUGAGACUGGAUCCUAAAAGUUUGCCUUCUGUCCACCUCACCAACCUGAAGAAGAUUAAUUUCCCUCAGGGUUCGACAGAUCGCCUCAAAAGUGUUGUUUUCUUUCUCCCCUUGAUAGGAUGUGACCGAGGUGGAGCUCGCAGAGGAGCAGGCCAAGCAGGAGGAUCAGAUCCUGAAGUAAGCCGCCGCACACAGAUUUUUCUUUCACGACAUGAAAAAUGGAUCUCAGAGCGGGGCGACGUCGCUUCAGACAAACAAAGUCUUGUCGUCGCUCUGUCUGAGGUCUGAGAUCCCCUCUUUGCACAACCCUGUUUGUCUGUUAGACCAAGGUGGACCUGACUGGGUUAAAGGUCAAGCUGUCUGUGUUUUUAGGUGGUGAUAAGAGAGAAGAAUUUGAGGGUUCAGAUCAGUCUGGUGUUAAUGUGUGUGCAUACGGUCACGUAUUUGUGUUUAUACGUGCUCUCUGACAUGUUAACCCCUGAGUCUGCACAGGACUGAAAGACAAACCCUGAUUAAUAUGAUAGAAACAGAUUUCUGCACAUAGCUGGAAACAUAAUAGCAGGAACUGAUGGAGGAUUUAAGAUGUUGUAAUAAUCUCUACUAAAAGAAAACUGAGUGACGUUUCUUUCCUCGUCUUUUCAGCCUCCUGUUACGUAACGACAAUUGAGGAAAAAAAACAUUUGACUACAAUUAAACCUGCUUUAGUCUUAAUAUUAGGGACUGAGAAUCUUUGUGCACAUUUGGUUUAUUUGUUUAAAUCAUGUCUUUGUUGUCUUUCUGCAUGUGAAGGCAGCAGGAGUUGUCUAACCUGCUCCAUGAGAAGAAAUACCUGAAGGCUUUGGGUCUCGCCAUCUCGCUGGACCAGCCUCACACGGUGCUCACUGUGAUCAAAGGUACUGGAUCCUGAUGUUCGUUGUAUAACCGGGUGUAAUAACAUCUGCUUUCUCUUCUGCACGUACACCUCGCAAACUGUUUAUUUGCAGCCUGUUUCUCUAAGAUCUUGUAUCCCUUCUUACACGCUGCAUUUCUAUCAUUCCUUUAUCCUUUCUUCUGUCUUCACGGUGAUGACCUGCUGGUUUGUCGCCCUGUCAUCUGCCUUUGUGAACAAGUAACCGCUCUCUGCAAGAGUUUAGUCAUCAAAGCACUGAUGCAGCUGUCAAAAGACGGUGCAAGAAAAGAAUUUAAGUCAAAACCAAACCGAAACAUGUAUAGUAGCAUUAGUCAUUGUGAAGUGAAACACCUCUGUGUGAUAAAUGGGAAUCCUAGUCGGCUCAAGAAAAGAGAGUUUUUCCAGGAUGGACUCGCUAAAAUAAGCACAUGUGAUUGUUUUGUGUCAGAGUUUGGAUCUUCGGAUCUCGGCUACAAUAACGGGAAUUAUCCGCCUCAGUCUGAGGGUUUAAGUCCUGAAUGACAGCGGCGGUGAAUCAGCGAACACGCCACUCAGUGCGUGUAAAACGAAUCUAAAGAUGCAGAGAGGUAUCGAUAACACGCCCAGUUUUGUAACGCUGUGUUUUAUAAUCCUGACUUUGCUUUUUUACGUGGUUUUCUAUUUAUAGCAUCACUAAAAGUGAUGAUGCUGGCGUUUGGUGAGCAGUAGCAAACCGGUUUCAGAGUAUUCAGAUAUUAUCCAACACCUCUCUGACUAAAGUCCCACUGAAUUAUCUAAGCAGACAUGCUCUGUUUCUGCAGAUGUUUCAGUCUCGGUUCUUUGUUUCCAAUAAAUUUCCCUUUUGAAAGCUCGCCGAUACAUCACUGAGCAAGGCUGGUAGUUCAAAACUGUAAUUAAAAUACUUGUUUAAUUGCAUUUAAGGUCCUUUUUUUAACUCCUUGAAUGAGACGGUUCACACUUCUACAACAGAUUAUACCUUUCUCUAAAAGAAAACCUGUAUUUUAAUACAAUAUGAUAUGAUUCCACCCUGUUCUGGUAUUUUGUCACACCUCUGUUAUAACAGUUAUUCAGCUCUGCUAGAAUAUAUUGUAGAAAAGCUCACGGUAAUCUUUCCAGCAGUUGACAAAGUCUUGAUAAUAGCUGCAGGGUCACCAGAAACAGGAUUAUUUCAUUAACUUUGAGCUUUUUUUAACUUGUAUUUAGGAUUUACCUUGACUUUUGACCCGUGAAUGCACUUAUUUUUACUGCUGAUACUGUGCUGAUUGAUUGGACAGAUGGAGCUGACAUGUUGUUUCAAUGUUACUUCUAGCGAUCCGUCAGGGAGACGAAAGAGAAGAGCUGCUGGAGAAGACGGUGCUGAAGCUUCGACAGGAUCAGAAAGGUAGAGGGUCACUGGGGUCUUUCACUGAAUUACAGAAAAACUCUAAAAAUAAACUUUUAAAAAGAUUUUAAUUUAAAAAAAGCCUUUUUGUGGUUAAUUGUGAUGCCUUCGUGUAUUUAAACCUCUAACCCUUAUUUUUUCCGGCCUCUGUUUUAACAUUGACCCCUCUCAGAGUCGAUCCUGCGAUACUGCGUCGUCUGGAACACCAACGCCAGAAACUGUCAGGAUGCCCAGGCCGUCCUGAAGGUGCUCGUCACACAUGUCCCACCUGAGGAGCUGCUGCAGUACCAGGGCGCCCGGGCGCACCUAGAGGGACUGAUCCCGUACACAGGUGAGAGGAUGUAUCUUACAUGGUAUAGGUCAGCAAGGUCUUCAUCCACACUUAAAAGCUAAAUGAGUCAAUAAUUAUAGACACUUAUGAAAACAAUGGCGAUGGAUAACCGUGCCAGACAAGAAGGGCAAAGCAUGCAGAUGAUGAAAUAGAAAUGAAUUUAUAAAAAACAAGAAAGAGCAGGUCGUUAACAUAGUUUUGUUGGCAAGAGCUCCAGUCGUGAGAAACUGGCACGUGUAAGAGAAGAUAACUAGGUACUGGGUUUAAAGUUGUCAACAAAUGAAUGGAAAAAACAGAGCACAGAAAAUAACCGUAUGAUUCAUUUAUCCCCGUCACAGAGCGGCACAUGCAGAGGAUCGGCAAACUGCUGCAGGCGUCCAUGUUUUUGAACUACAUGUGGCAGAAGAUGAGAGUCGUCGGUGCUCCGUCCAGGUGAGAGAGCCGUGGGUUAAAACCAGGCAGGACCCCUUAAGUCUUUCAAAGUGUGUGCAGGGUGGGGUCUCUGGAUUUUUUUGCAAACCUUCAAAUUUGUUUUUUUUCAUCAAUAUUUUUGGUUUUACAUCAGUCUGGAUGCAGACUCAGAGUCUGGGACUGUAUAUUUAAUCUAAAAGGUAACAGACUAGAGCUCAGUUACUUCCUUGUUUCUCCGGCUAACACUGCAAACGUGCAUUCUUCGAUGUGCUCAGGAACACUGUUUAUUCCUGUUAACUAAUGGGAAUCGUCUGGCACACUCGGGUGAACCAGGAUGUGUUAAUGUGGGUCAAAUGUGACAUCAAGUUCAGCAUGUAAUCGAUCCAGCAGCAAACUCCAGCUCACACAAAGGCUGGUUGUGUUUUUGGUCUCCUAAGAAGACAAAGGGGUUAAGUUUUGCGGUUACACCAGACAUGAUGACACUUUUUAUAAUGUUUGAAGCUUUUACAGAACUGUAGGUCAUAUGGGAUCACAGCGCUGGGCUGCACAAUUGAAGCUUUUACCUACAUACUCAUACAAUCGGGUUGUAUUAAGAUAUUGACGAUACUGUUUCAUUUUUUGUAGCAUGGAUCUAGAUGAAGAAAUGGACACCACUCCUCUUGCACAGCCUUUCUUUACAAUUGACAAAGAGAAAGGACCAAGCAGCGGCCAUGAGGAGAAACAAGAUGGAGAUGAUGCUGAUAGUGGACAGGACGAAGACCAAAACUGUCAAAUGGAAGAAGAAGAGGACAAUGAGGUCAGCGUCACCAGGAAAGCAUCCUCGAACAACGGGCGAGAGAGCGCUGAAACGAACGGGAACCACCAUUCCGAGAGCGAGGAGAGUUCAGAAGACGAAGACGAAACAGAUCAAACUGUAAAAGUAAUGAAAUGUCCCCCAGUUUCGUCAGCUCCACAAUGCCAAACCAUCAGCAGCUGA